AUGUCCGAGUCGCGUCCUCCUUCGCCUGUCCAUCCUCGCAUUGUCAAUACCUCUUUUAGAGAGAUGGCGGCGGAGGCUCAGAGACCACAUCAAUUCUCUGUUCCGCAAUUCCUCGGACACCCUGAGCGACAAAAUUCUAUUGGUUAUCAAUUCCCGCCAAUAUCUGGACAAGAACGGUCGAGUAUAUCGUUUCACCCACCAUUUGCUACUCUGCCACCGCCUUCGUCACGUCCAGGGGCUUCGACAAAUCCUCAAAACUAUGUGCAGCGGUCUGUUCCGAUAGCCAAGUUGUUGUCCGAUGCCCCUCAGGAUCCACCAAUCCGCUCCAGACAGAUAUCGAUACCUGGUCCUUUCUCUCACGGACUACCUUCGCCGCCGCCGCCGCCUGGAAUAUACCAUCGGGCCGCAGUCAAUCCACCGCAACAUUUGCCGCUUCCAAACGUGCGAACAUCGCCCGUCUUUCAUAUACCACAGUAUCCGCCGCAAGUUGCAAGUCCGCACCACAUCUCACAUCAUCCGCAACACAGUUCUCCUAUUGCUUCAAACAGUCCAUCAUCAGCCUCUCUGGACUCGGGUACCUCGCCGCGGGAACGUCCGCCUGCCAUUACCGAGAAGUUCAAUCGUCUGCCAUCCUUUUCUACGCCAUCACCGAAUCUGAGAUAUGAGCUCAACAUGCGACAACAGCCCGUAGCUGCCAGAGCAUGCGGAUUUGGAGAACGUGACCGACGCGUUGUUGAUCCUCCACCUAUUCUCGAACUCAAAGUCAUUGAUGCCGAGACAGGAAAAGUCGACAGCGAGAACACUCCCUAUGUAUACACGACACUGCAUUGUACCCUAAUCAACUCCAUGACAUACAGAGACGAAUCACAAAUUGAGCCAGCACAUCCAAACGCUCAGGCUACACAGCGUCUAAUGGGAACCGCUGUGGCAUCGCCAUUUUCUGGGACAGACGAAACAGGAAAGAGAGGGACCUUCUUCGUCUUUCCUGAUUUAUCCUGCCGUAAUCCAGGAAAAUAUCGAUUUCAGUUUCGAUUGUUAAUUGUCGAUCCAUUGAACCUUUCUGUCGGAACGACCUCGCGUAUACAAAGUUCAAUCAUCUCGGAACCAUUCGAAGUCUUUACUGCAAAAGAGUUUCCUGGAAUGCGAGCCAGCAGUGCCUUGCUCAAGGCACUGAGGAAACAGGGUCUAAAUGUGGCUGUCAAGAAGGGUCGUGAAGCCACAAAGAAGGCGACCAGAAGACCCGGCCAUGUUGACGAAGACGACAGUAGUGGGGAAGACGGAGAAAAUGUCGUUGAUGAGGAUGAUCAGGACAGCGACGACCCACGCUCUCAAGCGGCCACUGAUAGCAAGGCUCGAAGAAAAAGAAAGAGAAGAGAGUGA